AAGGCUGCUGCAGGGGAAGUGUAGAGGAAUCUCAACAUGUAUUGUCACGUAACUCGACCUGAUUCAGUCGUUAUGGAGGUGGAGGUUGAUCCCAAAGCAAAUGGAGAGGACUGUCUCAAUAAGGUGUGUGAGAGACUGGGGAUCAUCGAGGUGGACUAUUUUGGACUGCAGUUCACUGGGAGUAAAGGGGAGAGCCUUUGGUUAAAUCUAAGAAACCGAAUCUGUCAGCAAGUGGACAACGUGUCCCCGUGCAGACUGAAGCUGCGUGUGAAGUUCUUUGUAGAGCCACACCUCAUCCUGCAAGAGCAAACAAGGCAUUUGUUCCUGACGCAUGUGAAGGAGGACCUCGUGCGAGGAAGCCUGAGCUUGGACUCGGAGCAGGUGGUAGAACUUUGUGCCCUUUUGUCCCAGGCAGAAUUCGGCGAUUACAAUCAGAACACAGCCAAGUAUUUCUAUACGCAGAUCUGUGGACAGGAAUCGGACCCGAGCACCAUGAACAGCAUCGUUGCAAGGCACAAAGAGCUCCGUGGUAGGAAUCGGGGUUCAGCCGAGUACCAAGCCCUGCAGUUAGUGUCCUCUCUGGAGAACUAUGGCGUGGAGUGGCACUGGGCACUGGAUGCUGACGGGCAUAAAGUGGGCAUUGGGGUUGGACCUGAGGGGCUGUUCAUCUGCAAACAGGAUUUCACACCUGUUCACAGAUUUAUCUAUCCGGCCAUUCAGAUGGCCACCCAGUCUGGGAAGCAUGUGUACGUGACCAUCACCAAGGACAGUGGGGAAAACAUUAUACUCCUGUUUAAAUUCAUCAGCACUAAUGCUGCUAGUGGACUUUACCGCGCCGUUACUGAGAUCCACGCCUUCUACAGGUGCGACACAGUGACCAGCACCGUGAUGAUGCAGUACAGUCGUGAUUUUAAGGCGCACCUGGCCUCCCUCUUCCUCAGUGAAAGUGUUGAUGUGGGAAAGAAGUAUAUCUUCGAUGUCCAGCGCACAUCCAAGGAGGCGUAUGACCGAGCUCGACGCACCCUGUUCAAGUCCUCCGGUGUUUCUCCAGCGAGGCGGAUGUCUACAGACGAAGAGGAAGGCUCUUGUGAGGGCUGCAGGGAGACGUGUGUGCUACGGGACAAGCUCCAGAGACUACAGGAGGCUCUGACUUGUGCGCUGUGCUGUGACCGGGAGAUCAGUACAGCCUUCUGUCCUUGUGGUCACAUGGUCUGCUGUAAACUCUGCGCUGCACAGCUUCAGCACUGUCCAGUGUGUCGUUCGGAGAUUGAAGGUGUUCAGCACGUCUACUUGCCCACUUGUGCGAGUCUGCUGAACCAUGUGGACAUGUGAGGAGUGGACACUGAGACGUGCCAGAAGGUUUGAGAAGCAAUCACAAGACCAGUACACUCAUUGAUUAGGCGUUCUUCAACUCAGCCAGUGCAGACUGUUCAGCCUGUAGCACAGGCUAGUGAUCUGUGGAGGUGUCCACGUUGUCCUCAUGGAACCUGCCGCUCAGAUCUGUUUGAUGAGAAAUUGGACACCAUGACACUCACAUUUCUUGAUGUUACAUACAAUGCAAUAUUAUUACUUUUAUUAUUAUUAUUAUUUUCAUCAAAGCGAGAACAUAUUUGUAUUUAUUUGUUUCCUCUUAAAGUCUUCAUUAAUGAAAUAUGAGUCAGUGCAGCAGGUUAAUAUGCAUUUGUAUUACUUUUUUUUAAAAAAAAAACAAAAACACUUUGAGGUAAACACUCCAUGGUUAGCAUUCUUCAUGCAUUUUUAAAUAGUCUUACAUUUUUUUUAUUUUUAAAAAAAUAUAAAAUCAUAUAUAAAAAGCUCAUGUAUUUUUAAUGCCUUAGAAUCUUUCCUUUUUAAAAUUUUUUUUUUUUUCAAACAGUCUUCAGUGUUCAGAGAGGAGGGUCUUGUAUAUGCUGCACUCAUAAAGGAUUUUUAUGUGUUAAUAUAUGAACACAUGUUGCCCCACAGGGUGUCUAAACUUCUGCAUUCAUUAAGGGAAUGAAUAUACAGUACUGUGCAAACGACUCAGGCACCCUAUUUAUUUUUUUUUAGUUUUAGUACAAACUUUGUUAUAGAUUUUUAUUUGAUGACUUCUACAUUAUCGAGUCAGUACAAAAACAUCUUAGACUUCCGAACAUUAGUUUUCCAGCGCAAAAGUAUCUGUUACAGAAAAAAUGUUUGUAUGUCUAUAAAGAAAGCAAUAUAUUAAGAGGUAAGAGACACUUUUCAGACCAAAAAAAAAAACACAAUGAAGGCUGCUGGACAUUGCUGCAAAACUAAGAAGAGAGUGCGACAGUCAAAGUCUCCAUCUGUAAGAUGCUCAAUAAAACCUACGGCUCAGUUCCUUAUAAAACUGCACUAAUUCCACCCGAGACUACUACAACUUUUUAUAAGCAAAGGGUCGUCACACCAAAUAUCGACUUUGUUUCAUUUGUUUUCGUUUACUUCUCUUUAUAGUAUUUGUUUUUUCCUUAUGUUGCAUGUGCCUAAGACUUUCGCACAGUACUGUAUCUGCGUUUCGUUGAAUUUAGCCUGUAGUAACCCUUAUUGUGUCGUGCAUUUACAUUCACAAGAGUUGGUGACUGACAUUAAGUAUUUUUAAAAAAAAAAAAAAAAUCUUUUACGUGCAGUUUGAAUUGUAUCGGGUUCCUUCCUUUAUUUUCAUUUUCUACUGGACACUACUUUCAAAUUCUGUUCAUGCUAUAGAAGUGUGGGGCAAACAGUUUUCCCUUCAGAAUAUCCCAUUUUCAUUCAUUCUUUUCAACGAUUCGGUCAUUGCUUUCAGUUCCUACUUUCUCGAAACCCCGGUGUUUAUGACAAGCGUAUCCCCUUACGUGUAGCAUCUUUACUUUUAACAAGUUCUUUAUUAUUUGAUGAGUAGCUCAUCAGAAGUGUUAACUAAUUUAUAACUCAUGUGUAACUGAUUUAAAAGAUUCCUACAAAAUCGACCCAUUUUUCAUGUAUGCAUUUCAGUAGUUUUUGUUUUUAAUUUUUUGUAUGCCAUAUAUAUAUAUGUAUGUA